AGAGAUCUCCUGACACAGGAAUCAGAUUUGCCAUUAUUACGCACGUCUAGCGGCACAUUCCGCCUUCCGCUCGCCAUGACCGCUACCGCGUUGUCUCGCGUCCACUCGAGCGCCAGCGGCUACGGGGCCGUGGACACACCUCCCACGUCGCCACUUCUGCCAUCGUCUACCGCGCUACGCCGAGAAUCAUGCGAGUAUCUCUUCAAAUUCCUCGUCAUCACACAAGUGUUCAUGUACCUGGAGGCUGGCGCGGUGCCGUCGCUGCUGCAGCAAUUCACGCUCACAUUCCGCCUAAGCCCGCAGGAGCAGGGACUUCUGGGUGCCAUUGUGUACAUCUCCAUUUCGCUCGCGUCGCCCUGGUGUAGUACGCUCUUCCGUCGCUUCGACCCGCGACAGCUGCUUGGUGUCUCGCUCGUGGUUAACAACCUGGCUGUUCUCGGCCUUGCGUGCACCCCCACCUCGACUUGGUACUCCAAGUCUCUUCUCAUCUCAUUGCGCGGCUUCGUUGGGCUUACACAAGCCUUCAGCUGCGUGUACUCGCCGCUAUGGGUGCACGACUACGCCCCCAAGGCCAAGCGCGGCACGUGGAUGAGCUAUCUGCAAGGCGCGGUGCCCGUCGGUAUCACACUUGGCUACUUCGCCGGUUCAGUCACGAUCUGGCUUGCAUCACAGGGGCCAGAUGAGGCUGCGACAGCGUUGCAAAGUGUCGUGUCCGCUUUAUCGAAGGCUGUACUGGGGAUCAAUGCAAGCGCCGACAUCGGCGAAGGUAUCGACGACGCCUCCAUGCGACUUUGUCAUGGAAUCUACUGCUGGCGUUGGCCGUUCCUGACCCAAUUCGCGCUCAUUCUUCCGCUGUCUAUCUUGAUAUUUUUCGUUCCGCGGGAGCACAUCCGACUGCGCUCGACUCGUCGCCGCUCCAUCGUCAUUGUGGAUGCAGAUGAAGAUGUGGAUACUGGUGUGGAGACGGCGGGCGAUGACGAAAACGUUUUGAUGAAUCAUUCGGAUAACAACGUCUACAGACUUCGAUCGUUGGCGUCACAUGAAGAGGAGGAGAACGCUUCGAGGUGGAGCAACCUGUGGCUAUUGCUGCAGCACAGAGUCUACGUGUUUAUCGUCAUGGGUUUGUCCGGAUUAUUCUUCGUGGUUGCUGGAGUGCAAUUCUGGACGACGUUGUAUUUGGAGACCAACACCGAGGGCUCCAUGUACGAGAUCCACCUGUCCUAUCUGAUAGUGAGUGGCACGGGCCCUAUCAUGGGCGUGUUCUUCGGUGGGUGGCUGAUCGAUCAGUUCGGUGGCUACUCGGGUCCAUACCAUCAAAUGCAAGCGCUACGGGUGUGCAUGGUGCUUGGAGGUGCCGGAUGUCUGGCGUCUUUGCCAGUGUCGUAUGUGCACAACACUUUCUCCAUCGCAGUGUUCCUGUGGCUCAUGUUAUUUUGCGGAGGUAGCAUUCUUCCAGCCUGUUCAGGCAUCGUCAUCUCAGCAGCUCCACCCCGGUUGCGUCCACUGGCCUCUUCAGUGGCAUACGCCAGCUACAACCUCUUCGGAUAUGCAGCAUCGAACUACAUUCCUGGUUUCAUCAUGAAUUUCAUCAUCGACCCCAGUGCUGACGCAGAUGCAGAUCCAAGUGAUCUCGGAAGUGUCGGAUCCUGCAACGCUGCCUGUACAUACCGUAUCGGAUUCCGCAUCGUCCUAUUUUGGAGCGUUUGGGCCUUCUUCUGCCUCACGUGCGGAGCUAUCGAGUCGGGUCGAAACUACUCGGCGACUGUCAAUGCACACAGUAAUGGCCAUUGCAACGGCAAUGGAAAGCAACACACCACAGCGGCUACUUCGCAUCAGCCGGUAUUCAAGAGUGUUGUGUAAAUAAUUCUCAUGACAACUAUUGUAGCCCAUAUACAAGCGAUAGCAUCAUGUUAAUAAGUUCCACAUGGGUCCUCGAGAGGAGAUAGAUAACGUACGCGAGGGACAUCGCGUAUAUUUAUGAUCGUAAAUCGCGUAUUCUCUUUACUCACUUGGU